ACCUCUGAAAUAUCCUUAUUGAAACAAGUGUUUUAUAUUAGCUAGUUGGCAAAAAAAUAAUUUUUUAUAAACAAAAUAUUCAGCAUGCUUGCAGCGAUAUCGCUGCGGUAGUUAAAAAAUCAUGAUUUAAACGAAUAAAAUCUUAAAACCAUAAUAAUUCAAAAUGGAAGGAAAAUUAAAAAACUAUUCCUUGAUAAAAGAUUUUUGCAAUACCGAACAAAUAAGUUUAUGGUCGCGCAAUGAAAAACGAACCUGGUUUUUGACAUUACUAACUGGUACUGCCAUGUUGUAUAGCACAAGAACUACAAUGCCGCUUCUAAUUCCUUCUGUUGCUGUAGAAGAAAAAUGGAGUAAGACUGAUUCUGGAACUAUAUUAAGCUCAUUCUUCUGGGGUUACACACUAACACAAUUUUUAGGAGGUUACAUUAGUGACAAAUUUGGUGGGGAGCGGGUUGUGUUGGGUUCAGCAAUUGGAUGGUCUUCAAUUACAUUUUUAAUGCCAAGUAUAGUACGUUCAUCGUCUUAUUUUGAAGAAAAUUCCAUUAGUUUUAUAGUAUGUGUACGAAUUUUGAAUGGAGCGUUUCAGGGAGUUCAUUUUCCUAGUAUGAUUUCAAUAACAAGUAAAAAUUUAUGUCCUGAAGAACGCACAAGCUUUUUUGGAAUGUUGACGUCAGGUUCUGCUAUGGGAACUUUAUUUACUGGUAUUUUAGGGUCGUUUAUAUUAGAUUAUUUUGGAUGGUCAACAGUAUUUAGACUGAUAGGAUGCUUAGGAUUUACUUGGGCUAUGUUUUUACGCUUUUAUACAAUGUCAAAUAAUCGUAAAACAAAAAUAAUUAAUUUAUUAGCACCAAAUAAAUUGAGUACAAAUAAUUUUGAUAGAAUCUCACAAGAGAAUUCAAAAAAUGUUCCAUGGAAAAAUUUAUUUCAUAAAUCUUCAUUUUGGGCAUGUGUUUUAACACAUGCUUGCGAAAUGAAUUGCUUUUUUGUACUUUUGUCAUGGUUACCUACAUACUUUCACGAUGCAUUCCCAGAAGCCAAAGGGUGGAUUGUUAAUAUGAUACCUUGGUUAGCAUUGCCACCAUCAACAUUUUUAGCAAAAUACAUAACGACUUUUUUAUUAGCAAAAAAAAGUUGCGAUAUAUCCCGAGUAAGGAAAAUAAUUCAAAGUAUUUGUUUUUUAUCACAAAAUUGUGCUUUAUUUGUAAUGAGCCGAACAUCAGAUUUUCAUACAGCUUUAACAUGCAUGACUAUAAUAAUAGGUGGGACUGGUUUCCAUAAUAAUGCAGUUACAGUAAAUCCUCAAGAUUUAGCACCUGAUCAUUCUGGAAGUGUAUUUGGUUUAAUGAAUACCGUUGGAGCCAUUCCCGGAUUCCUAGGAGUGUAUAUAGCUGGUCAUAUUUUAGAGUUAACUCAAAGUUGGCCAGUAGUAUUUAGUACAGCAGCGGGAAUUAAUUUAAUUGGAUGGAUUGUAUUUGUGAUUUUUGGAUCGGCUGAUCCGAUUAUAUAGAUUAAGUAUAUUGUGAUUAGAUUAGCUAAAGUAUCUAUUUUAACUUUUUUUUUUUAAUUUUAAAAUUAGUAAAAUAAAAAAGCAACU